AUGAAAUGUUCCUGGUCUAAGGCCGUGUUUAGGAAAUCAAAGAGGCUAACCAUGAGUGAAUACAGAGGUCACAAGCAACAUGAAAUUGAAGAUAUAGGUGAUAUAAUAGUCGAUCUGGAUCAUAUCAGCAAUCUACCAGAUUAUAUUCUUCAUCAAAUUCUGUCUUUUAUGCCCACAAAAGAAGCUGUAAAGACGUCCAUACUAUCUACAAGAUGGAAGAACCUCUGGGUUUCUGUUCCCAACAUUGAUUUUGAUGAUGAAUUGUUGAUGGCUAAAUUGGCUGAUGGAUGGCCUCGGCCUGAUGUGACUUCCUUUGUGAACUUUGUAGAAAGAGUCUUACGAUUACAUGAUGCAUCAAAUAUGGAGAAGUUUCGUCUAUCAUGUUGUGUUUAUCGUAAUGCAUUUCAAAUAAGCUCAUGGAUUUCGGAUGCAAUCAUUCACAAUGUUCAGGAGCUUGAUAUGUCUCUCUUUGCAAAGGAUCCAUCUGUGAUUCCUCAGUCUAUGUUUCAUAACACAUCAUUGGUUAGCCUGAAAAUAAGAAUGAACUGUGCUAUUCAACUCCCAUCCCACGUUUCUUUUCUAUGCCUGAAAACCUUGCACCUGUCCUUCGUUCGAUUCAUGCAUGAUGAUUUUACAGAAAAGCUUUUCUCAGGCUGCCCAGCUCUAGAAGAAUUGGCUUUAUCAGAUUGCAGGUGGAUUAACUUGAAGAACAUUGCAAUUUCUAGUUCCACAUUAAAGAGCUUGAGCAUACGUGAUCUGACACACUUUGUGGUAUUCGAUGAUCCUACUAGUGGCUGUAAGAUCAAGAUCGAUGCAGCAAAUCUUACAUAUUUUGAAUAUUUCGGAAACCUAUUAAACGGGAUUAUCAUCAAUGAUACAUUGUCUCUGGACAAAGCAUUCAUUAAGUUUCCUUGUCCCGGAGAGGGGGUAAACGAAGUCGCAUGUCGAGCUAUUGAUCUAUUUCAACAACUAAAAUAUGUAGUGUCUUUGACGUUAUCUAAUCAAACUAUGGAGACUCUUUUAUUUGCAGCUUGUAUCAGUUUUCCGGUGUUCACAAAUUUGACCCAUAUAAUACUAACUACGGAAAUCGGGAUGAAUCAUACAUUUAGAGUAUUGAUGCAUUUGCUUUCCUUCUGUCCAGUUCUACAAUCUAUUUGUUUCUCAGAGGGAUUCAUGUGCGACAUGCACCUUGGUGAGAACAAUUCAACUUGGUCAUCGAUACCUAUAUGCAUAACCAACUGCCUCAAGACAGUGACCUUGAAGAAUUUUCAUGGUUAUAAUUCAGAAAUAUGUUUUCUCAAACGUAUUUUGAAGACUGCAUGUGCUUUGGAGAUGAUGGAUAUUUGGUGGUCCAAGACUUGUCUACGUGAUCUGAAGAGGAAAAUAGAGGUCAGGAAGGAAUUGGAGAAAAUUGAAAGGAAGGCUGCAGCUUGUGUCAUCAAGUUCUCAUGA